GCUGGGAAAACCCUUGGUCGAGCAUGGGUGGAAGAGGCCUUGUGGUGCUGGGAAAACCCUUGGUAGAGCAUGGGUGGAAGAGGCCUUGUGGUGCUGGGAAAACCCUUGGUAGAGCAUGGGUGGACGAGGCAUUUGUGAUGUGCAUGUUCAUUUCCUAUCUUCAGACCAAUGUCCUUUCUCACUUAAAACUGAGUUUUUGUUUUGUUUUUAAUCACACACAUACACAUAUUUUUUUUGAUUGAUCAAUACAUAUUUAUAAUUUAUUCAGGUAAGCCUAAUUGUAGUGUUAAGACUGGGUCAUUACGUACGUUUCGUUUCCGAUCCCAAUACCGCCCUCGUGUGGAUGUAAAUAUACAGCGCUGCCCUUACAACCACAACAACAAACAAAUAUUAGUUUUGAAACUGCAGUAACAUCAGUCAACUGUGGUAUUUUGGAUGCAGUAAAAUUACUCAAUUUUUAUUUUAUUUUUUAAACAGUGCUAUUUUGUACGCAGUAUUUGUAACAUACAGCUGUUAGACUUUAAAUGCAGUUAAAUUGCACUGACUGCAAUCUUUUUUUUCCCGUUAGGGUGGUAACUCGCCCGGUCCCAUUCCAAACUGUUGAUCCACUCUCCACACUUUCCAGUUCUCUUGUACUUUCCGCAUUUAUAAACACAGUGUAGAGAGAAUCUCUGGUCACCAAGUUCAUCUCCUUCACACAGAGAAAAGUUCACCUUCAUAUUACGAACAAACAGUCGGGGAAAGCAGUGACCAAACAAGUCAUCUGCUCAAAUUAAAAACAUUUCUCAUUCUGGCCCGGAACCAAUGCCAUAUGCCACGCACGUGUCGUCCGGUUCCUGGAAACGAGCAUUAACCCUCUCCCGUCCAAAGCCUCCUUUUCCCGUUUAGAAACACAUAAGACAAAAACAAUUCAUCUUAAGAUAUUGUUAAAUAAGAUUACAAUAUGCCUAACAUCUUCAAUAAUAAUAGUCAUCCCGGUCUUGAACAAUGCCACAAAUAAAUAGGGCUCGUGGGUUAUAGGAUGGGGGUGUAUAUACUGAGCAGCAACUGAUGUUUACCACUUCUCUUAUCGGUGUUAUUGGAUUGAGGGUCGAGACAACUUUUUCGAAACUAACGCCAUUUCCGGAUUCACACUCCCAGAUUCACCCCGGGUUUUCGCCGCGGCCAGAAUCCAUGUUGUUUCUGUCUCUCUCCCACAGCGACGGAGCUCGUGAGCGGCCCGUCCAAUAACCCUUCGCGUUACUGGGACCUGUGUGUCUGAGAGUCGAGUGUGUGUUUGUAUUCACCCCCCACCCCACCCCAAAAAGAAGAUGGCAGACUUUCGGGACGACACCGGAGCUCGAGCCCUACUGGCCUUGCAAUCUGCCCCGUGCAGCCCUGUUCGAGUCGGGGUGACCUCACCCGCAUACCCUCCCAAUUUCUCCUUCUCGGGCUCUUCGGUGCUGAGUCGGGGCUGCGCGAUGCCUCCUCGCCUCGAGUCUCCUCCUCGGGCCCUGGCCAGGCUCGAAGGCCGGGACUUUGAUUUCGUCAUGAGGCAGCGGACAGUGACCGUAGGCCGUAACUCGUCGCACGGCUCCGUGGAUAUAAACAUGGGUCACUCGAGCUUCAUCUCUCGGCGGCACCUCCAGAUCACCUUCGAGGAGCCGUGCGGGUUUUCGCUGCGCUGCCUCGGGAAGAACGGCGUCUUCGUGGACGGCGUGUUUCAGAGGAGAGGCGCGCCUCCCCUGCAGCUGCCCCGGGAAUGUGUGUUCAGGUUCCCCAGUACAGUGAUCAAAAUCCAGUUCUCCUCUCUGUUGUCUGGGGAGGAGUCGAGAGAGGAGGAGCAGCGGUCUCCCCCGCCCCGCCUCACCCUCCUCCCACACAUCUCCCCCCUCAAGAUCAGCAUUCCCACAAUGCACCACGAGGACCUGCGACACCUGGUCAGCCCGCUGCCCUCUCCGACAGGGACCCUCAGUGUUCCUAACUCGUGCCCGGCCAGUCCAAGGGGUGCGGGGUCAUCGGGUUAUCGCUACGGACGCAACGUGACAUCUGACCUCCAGCUGGCUGCGGAGUUCGCUGCCAAGGCUGUCUCCGAGCAACAGCGGGGCGUUGCCGAGCAACACGGAGAGUCCGGCGGCGGAGACAGCCCCAAGGAUGAAUCUAAGCCUCCCUACUCGUACGCCCAGUUGAUAGUCCAGGCCAUCUCUUCAGCACCAGACCGACAGCUGACCCUGUCUGGAAUCUACACACACAUCACCAAACACUACCCCUACUAUCGCACUGCAGACAAGGGCUGGCAGAACUCGAUCCGCCACAACCUGUCUCUGAACCGUUACUUCCUGAAGGUGGCUCGUAGCCAGGAGGAGCCUGGCAAAGGUAGUUUCUGGCGCGUGGACUCGGCCUCCGAGGGCAAGCUGGUGGAACAAGCCUUCAGGAAGAGACGACAGAGGGGCGUGGCCUGCUUCCGCACGCCGUUCGGACCGCUCUCGUCCAGGAGUGCCCCAGCCUCCCCCACCCACCAGGGUCUUCUCUCCCCUCCCUCCAGUGGUCUUCAGACCCCAGAGUGUCUCUCUAGAGAGGGAUCUCCGCUGUCUCACCACCACGACCUCGCUCACAAACUGGCCUCCGUACCAGAGUACAGAUAUACACAGAGCGCCCCAGGUUCUCCAGUACAUGGCCAGCCUGUGAUCAUGGCCGCCCCGCCCCACCCCCUGCCCUCGGGGAUGGGUAAACCCCUGGCCUUGUUCUCAAGCCCCGGAGUCGCUGGGGGACAGACCCUCCACAUGCUGCAGAGCCCACCCAACACCCUCACCAUGCUCCGUCUGGUCACCACGGCUACGGCCUCCCACCCCCCAAACGGGUACAUCCUCACCCCCGGCGGAGGCCAGAGUCGUGGUAAUACCGGCGCUGGCCAGCAGGGAGCAGAGGGCACGGGCGAGCAGAGAGACUCGCAGCAGCAGAACAGGGAGCGAGUGAUCCAGUCGUUGGAGGGAGCUCAACAGGGGGCUCAGGGGUCAGAGGGGCGUGGCCUAUCUCUGGGGCUGCACCAACUUCCUGUCCGCCCUGUCACUCAGAACGGCAAACACACCACCGCCAUCGCCACGGCUACCGGCGUCGCCAACGCUUACGCUCUGACCAGUCCUCUCCAGAUCCUGGCAGCCCAGGCCUCCAGCUCCCCCCCAGUCCUGGUGAGCAGACAGCCCAGCGCGGGGCCUGAUGUUGGGCCGGAGGUGCCAGGCGACCCCCAGGCUAAGAGGCCUAAGAUGGAGGAGGACGAGGCGGCUCCUCCCCCCAUUCAGCAGCCAGUCAUCGUGGCCAUGAGUUCUCAGCCACACGACAACAGAAUGUAGAACUGCUGAACUCUAACCCCUUGACCUGGUGUCUAGAGGAGGAGGAGGAGGAGGAGCCUCUGGGUGAACCAUCUCACCAGUCUGACCCCUGGGUCCCAGUGUCUGCAGGUUCACCCCUUGACCUGGUGUCUAGAGGAGGAGGAGCCUCUGGGUGAACCAUCUCACCAGUCUGACCCCUGGGUCCCAGUGUCUGCUGGUUCACCCCCUGACCUGGUGUCUAGAGGAGGUGGAGCCUCUCUGGGUGAACCAUCUCACCAGUCUGACCCCUGGGUCCCAGUGUCUGCAGGUUCACCCCUUGACCUGGUGUCUAGAGGAGGAGGAGGAGGAGGAGCCUCUUUGGGUGAACCAUCUCACCAGUCUGACCCCUGGGUCCCAGUGUCUGCUGGUUCACCCUCUGGCCCCUGGGUCCCAGUGUCUGCUGGUUCACCCUCUGACCCCUGGGUCCCCCAGGUGUCACCUAGUAGAUAAAGGCUUGUGUCCCAUAAUGCCUCAGACCAGAGCCCUACCCCCAACAUAGUGUACUGCUUCAGACCAGAGCCCUACUCCCAACAUAGUGUACUGCUUCAGACCAGAGCCCUACUCCCAACAUAGUGUACUGCUUCAGACCAGAGCCCUACUCCCAACAUAGUGUACUGCUUCAGACCAGAACCCUACUCCCAACAUAGUGUACUGCUUCAGACCAGAGCCCUACUGCUUCAGACCAGAGCCCUACCCCCAACGUAGUGUACUGCUUCAGACCAGAGCCCUACUCCCAACAUAGUGUACUGCCUCAGAGCCCUACUCCCAACAUAGUGUACUGCUUCAGACCAGAGCCCUACUCCCAACGUAGUGUACUGCCUCAGAGCCCUACUCCCAACAUAGUGUACUGCUUCAGACCAGAGCCCU